AUGAUGGAGACUGCAAAAACCGAGGAACAGACCAUUGAGCAUGUUGCCAUGGCUCCCGAGGAAACGAAUGAGACGGGCAUCUUAAAAGGCAGCGCCCCUGUCAUGCGUACUGCGGAAGACGACCUCAGUAUUUGGCAGAGUGUAAGGCGAUACAAGCGUGCCUCCAUGUUGGCCAUGAUUGCAGCAUUUAGUGCGUCGUUGGAUGGCUAUCAGGCAAAUCUUAACAGUGGUGUUGUCUCUAACAAAGGCUUCAUUCGGCAAAUGGCUCCUGCUGGAACAACAAUCAUCAACGGCGAUUACGUCUCAGCAUGGGGAGGAAUCCAGUCCGCUGGUCAAACGAUUGGUCAAAUUUUCCUUCAAUUUGCGACCGAAAAGUUUGGUCGUAAAACAGCUUUUUACGUCUUUGUCAUCUUUCUUAUCGGGAGCGUAUUCACCGAAUCAUUUGCUACUACUCCAGGUCACUGGCUGGUUGCAAAGCUUCUCGCCGGACUGGGUAUUGGCAUGAUGCAAGCUACUUUACCUUUCUACAUCUCAGAGAUUGCGCCAACCCAAUUGAGGGGAUUCCUUAUUAAUGCAUACACAUUUUGGUACGUUUUGGGUCAGCUGUUUGCCUCCGUUGCCCUGAAUAGACUGAAUGCCUGGAGUCCGUAUAACUUCAGAGAUGCGAUUUACACUCAGUGGGCUAUGGUUGGCAUGUCAGUCAUCAUUUUCCUCUUUAUUCCCGAAUCGCCAUGGUGGCUAGUGAGCAAGGGUAAAAAGGACGAGGCAAUCAAAGUUCUACAGAAAUACUUCGGCAAGAUCCCAGGAUACAAUGUACAAGAGAAAAUUGAAGUGAUGGAAGCGACCAUCGAGGAAGAGCGCCGUACUGCGAAGCAAAAUUCGCAGGAAGGAAUGUGGGCGAUUUUCCGUGGCAGAAACGGCAUACGUUUUGUUAUUGCUGCGUGGCCAAAAAUGACACAGCAGUUUGUUGGGUUGACGAUAUUCAAUACUUAUGCGACCUACUUCUUCCAAUAUGCUGGCAGCAACAACCCAUUCCUUGUGUCUGUCAUUCUCUCCUGCAUGCAAAUCAUCGCCAUGCUCCUGACAGCGACACUCACUGAUAAGCUUGGUCGUCGCCCACUAACCAUAUAUCCGUAUGCAGUUACAGUGGUGUCUGUUCUCUGUCUCGGCAUUAUCGGGUGCUUUGAUUAUAAGACAAAGAGUCUCGGUUCUCUUCUCAUUUUCUUUGCCUGCCUGGCCACAUUUUCGACAACCGGUGCUUCAGCUAUCGGUUAUGCCUAUGCAGCAGAGAUCCCCAGCCAGCCACUUAGGGCACGCACUGCAGGCUGGUCUCUUGCAGCAUCUAAUUUGAUCGCUAUCAUGUUCAGCUUCUGUACGCCAUUGAUGCUUGACGGAACGGCCAAUUGGGGUGUCAAAACUGGUUUCUUCUUCGCGGGCACUGGUUUCGUUUCCGUGGUUAUUGCCUGGUUUAUUCUGCCAGAGGUGUCACUUCGCACACCAGCCGAAAUUGAUGAACUCUUUGAGAAGAAGGUAAAUUUCCGUGAGUUUAAGGGAUACGUUACAGAUGUUGAGAUUAUUGCAAGAGCCAACCAGGGGAUAUUUUCAGAGGCAUGA